GGAACGCGCGUAUGGGUUGCCAUAUAUAAAGACUGCUUAGCCGAUUUUCUUGUAGUCAUUUAGCAUUGGAUACUCACGCUUGCAGUACGAUCAUCAUCAGCAGAAUGUCAAGGAUCGCAAUCCUUGUACUUGUUGCGCUACUCGUCGCAGUUGCAGUCGCAUUGCCGACUUCGCAAUCUUCCGCUUCCCAAUCUCAAGGUCUUCAAAGAAUAAUUAGAGCAGCCACGCCAGAGGACCUCGUUCGUUUUAAACGUGGUUUCCGACGUGGAUAUGGUGGCUACAAACGAGGAGGAUACGGAGGAUACAGAGGAUGUGGAAGAUGCGGAGGUGGUGGAUACGGUGGUGGAUACGGUGGUGGUUCCUUCGCUAAUAGCGGAGCCAGCGCCGGUUCAAUAAACACGCCAUUCGGUGGUGGUUCCUUCGCAAAUUCGUACGCUAACUCUGGUGGAUAUGGAUAUGGACGAUGAAACUAGGUCUAAAAACACUAUAAAUAUCAUUGAAAGUGGAUUCACGUAACAAUAACAUGAAAAUAUAAUAAAUUGCACUCGUGUAAUUGAAAUGUUUCCUUCAUGUAAUAAAUUUAUUUAAGAAACUAAUAAAGCUCUUGAUUUAUCCUUUAA